AUGCCUUUUUAUAACAUGCUUGCACGGUUGUCUCAGGUGUGCGAGGCGCGUUGUGGGGAGCAGGGAGGGAUCGAGAGAGAAGACAAUGUGGAAAAGGUGACGCCCGUAGUAGCCAUGACCCUCGUGCCAGUGACGCCCGUAGUAGCCAUGACCCUCGUGCCAGUGACGCCCGUAGUAGCCAUGACCCUCGUGCCAGUGACGCCCGUAGUAGCCAUGACCCUCGUGCCAGUGACGCCCGUAGUAGCCAUGACCCUCGUGCCAGUGACGCCCGUAGUAGCCAUGACCCUCGUGCCAGUGACGCCCGUAGUAGCCAUGACCCUCGUGCCAGUGACGCCCGUAGUAGCCAUGACCCUCGUGCCACAGGAGGAGCGCGAGGACGAGGGGCAGGCGGAGGCAGCAGCGCCGGUGGCGAGGGAAGUGAGGCGCGCCGAGGCUGUGAGCUUUCUGCCCUUCCCCACUGAAGCCAUCACUCUGGAGCGCGGCCUCACUCUGCUCAAGGGCAAGGCGUCCACAACCAUGCUGGUCGGGACAACGUCGGACUUGGUGCCGGGCAAGUAUGAAGGCGGGUUCAAGCUGUGGGAGGCGGCGGUGGAUCUGAUGGAGGCAGUGCGGGAAGACAUGCGCGACGGCACGCUCUCAUUCCGCCGCAAGCACGUGCUCGAGAUCUGCAACUCGCCCGCCUGUCCUCGCUCACCUUCACCCGCCCUCCCAUCCCUCCACCUCUCCCUCCCUCCCUCCCUCCCUCCCUCCCUCCCUCCCUCCCUCCCUCCCUCCCUCCCUCCCUCCCUCCCUCCCUCCCUCCCUCCCUCCCUCCUUCCCUCCCUCCGUCCCUCCCUCCCUCCCUCCCUCCCUCCCUCCGUCCCUCCCUCGCUCCCUCCCUCCCCCGUCCCUUGUUCCCCCCAUUCCCGCCUGCCCCGCAUCCACGCCACCCCAUCAGCUGGGCUGUGGGCACGGGCUGCCGGGCAUUCUCGCUUGCCUCAAGGGCAGGGGGCGGCAGCGGUGCACUUUCAGGACUUCAAUGCGGAGGUGCUGCUCAACCUCACCAUCCCCAACCUCACUGCCAACCUCGCUGCCGCCGCCGCUCCCCUGCGCGAGCGCAGGGACCACAAGGCGGGCAGUGGGGGCGGGGGCAGGGGGGCUGCGGGCGAGAGAGAGGGGGCGUUGUCGCCAUGCUCGCCGCCGGUGACGCCCAAGUCGCCCCUGCCUGACCUGCGCACGCGCUUCUUCGCUGCCGACAGUGCCUCCCCAAGUGCACCCGCCAGCACAGGCGGCGGCAAGGAGGCGAAGCAGCCGCGGCACGGCAGGGUGCACAUACAGCCUCCCCCGCAUGCAACCCACAUGCCUCUGGAGGGUGCAUCUGGCACGCCCUCCUUCUGUGCAUCGCCAGGCGGCACUUCGGCAUUGGGUCACGGGGGUGGGAGGGCGGGAGGGGGCGGGGGCGGGUACGACAUCGUCAUGACGGCGGAGACGGUGUACUCGCCGCGCUCCAUGGCCAAGCUGCUCGCCCUCGUCAGUAAGGUGCGCUCCAUGGCCAAGCUGCUCGCCCUCGUCAGUAAGGUGCGCUCCAUGGCCAAGCUGCUCGCCCUCGUCAGUAAGGUGCGCUCCAUGGCCAAGCUGCUCGCCCUCGUCAGUAAGGUGCGCUCCAUGGCCAAGCUGCUCGCCCUCGUCAGUAAGGUGCGCUCCAUGGCCAAGCUGCUCGCCCUCGUCAGUAAGGUGCGCUCCAUGGCCAAGCUGCUCGCCCUCGUCAGUAAGGUGCGCUCCAUGGCCAAGCUGCUCGCCCUCGUCAGUAAGGUGCGCUCCAUGGCCAAGCUGCUCGCCCUCGUCAGUAAGGUGCGCUCCAUGGCCAAGCUGCUCGCCCUCGUCUGUAAGUGCCUGCGGCGGCCGCACGGCGUGCUGUACGUGGCGGGCAAGAAGCACUACUUUGGGGUGGGCGGCGGCACACGCCAGUUCAAGAGCCUUGUGGACCAACAAG